AUGUCUGCAGCGGAAUCUGUUAGAAACAAAUUAAAGACUAGAAGAUAUAGAGCUGGUCAAGUACCUGAAUAUGCAAGAGGUGAAUUUGAAAAAGCUCUAGCAUCUGCUAUUGGUUGUUCGGUUAAUGGUUCUCCUUUGACGUCGUCGUCAACGUCAAAGGAGACAUCCUCUUCUACAACAACUUUGGCCGCUGGUACCACUACUCCUAAAUCAAUAGAUAUUCAAAUUGGUGGUAGAUCAAAACAAACCUCAACAUCAACAACCUCUACAUCAUCUUCGUCGUCAUCGUCGUCAACAACAACAACAACAACAUUGGCAAAACCUGUAAAUAAUGAAAUAGAUAGUAGUAGAGUAACUCAACAUGUUAGAGGUGCUAGAAAUGUACAAAGAACUCAAGUUAUAAUAGAAGGUAGAGAUCAAUCUUCGAGUAGUAGUAGUAGUGGAUCUGCUACUGCUACUGCUACUACAAACUCUGAUGAUCAAGAUGAUAUUGACAAAAGAAGACAAAGAGCACGUGAAAGAUUAAAACAACAACAAGAACAAGAACAACAACAAAAGAAAUUAGCACCAGAAAUAGAAGAAUCAGAAGAAUCGGAAGAAGAAUCAGGAUCGGAAGAAUCAAGUGAAGAAGAGUCUGAGGAAGAAGAGUCAUGGGGAAAACCAAUGUUUAGACCUGUAUUUGUUAAAGCAGAAAAGAGAUCAACCAUCAAAACAGAGGAACAAUACCUACAAGAGGCAGAAGACGAAAGAAUUAAAGACGAACAAAUCAAAGAACAAAGAAAACAAGAAGCAUAUAGAAAACUAAAAGAUGAAUUGGAUCGUGACAAAAAGGAACAAGAGGCAAAGAAUUUGGAGGAAACUGAAGAGAUAGAGGCAGAGGAAGAUGAAGAAAAGCUAUAUGACGAAUGGGUACAAAGAGAGGUGGAACGUCUCAAACAAGAUAUUAGAGAGACGCUGAUGAUUGAAGAGAAUGAAAGAGAAACGGAACGAAGAAGAAAGAUGACUGACGAGGAGAUUGCUAGAGAGGAUCGUGAGAAACUGGAUAGAGGACCAAAGAAACAAUUAAAGUUUCUUCAAAGAGAUUAUCAUCGUGGUGCAUUCUUUCAAGACGACGAAUACAUCAAAAAUAAGGACUUUAGUGCACCGACAGAAGCUGAAAAGGUCAAUGUAGAACUAUUACCCAAGAUUAUGCAAGUAAAGAAUUUUGGUCAAUCAUCACGUACCAAAUACACUCAUCUUGCAGAUCAAGAUACAUCAAACAAAAAAGAAGCACUUUGGAAUCAAAAUAGUGAAUUGGUUACAAAAUAUUUUGAUAAAAUGGCUGCUUCAAAUAAAAGUUCAGGUUUGGUUCGGGGUCAAUUACCACAUUAUGGAGGUAACCAAUAA